CAGAGAACAUCUUCUAUCGAGCGGGGUACGGUUGAGUGGUCGUCAACCUGGAAGUUGUAUAUACGUACACAUUCCGUUGGAUCCUGGGUUUAGAUGAUUCUGAUAGUGUAUCUUUGAUUCACAAAUGAGUGUAAUCACCCUUAUUGGUCAUUUCUGAUUUAAGUGCUGAUCUCGCUUCACAACCUCGUGACCGCUAACCAAGAAACAUCGAUCGUUCUAUGCAGACGCCUUGUACCGCCCUCCAAAACGCAUCGAUUAGCUUUGCAGGUAAAUGCACUCCACCGGCCGGUAAAUGCCCGAAUUAGUUUCAAUGGUCAUCACACACACGGAACGUAAUAAUUGCAAUUAAGUCAAUCAUGAAUUGAGAGGUGGGCGGUCCGAGUGAGUUACCUACUGGCGUCUCGUCACCGCCGGACUCGGAGGGUUGCGCAGGCUCUUCGCGUACGGCGAGUGAUAUCCUCUGGCUGAAGGACUGCAGAGCAGAAGGCUAUGGAUUACUAGCAGCAGAUUACUAAAUGAUAUUGGAGAUACUAGCCAUCCGCUCUCAUAGCCUUCGAAAUACUGCUUUGACGAUGCCAUAGCCAGCUUCAAGUUCUGAAGAGACCACCCCCCCUCCUCCUGAUUGGUUGAAAGGAAGGGUACCCAUAGUACUCUUGCCUUACCACUGGCGGACAUGGGCUCUUUUGUGGACAAGUGCUCAGUCUGGUGUCACACGGGGGUAGCCUCCCCUUUCGAUGCGGGCAAGCCCGAGCGACAGUGGAAGCGACAGCACGAACAGUACGAGAAGAACCCCGUUUACAAGUUGGUGCACUUUGCCGGGAGAGGACGGCUCGUGGAGGAAUUCUACAGACUCAGCGAGGAGGAUUUCAGAGAGUUCUUGCAAAGAAGGGUUAGGCCGUUCCUAUACAAUGGUGGUGAGGGGAAAUCAAUUACGAAAGUGGAAUAUGCAACUAUCAGGCAGAAGCAGAAGGCAGAUUUAGAGGCCAGGACCAUGGUCAAGCGCAUGUCCAGCAAGGAGCUGGUGCUGCAGUUUGACCGGUCCCAGUUGGCGGCCAUCAACCGCUUCCGCCAGCGGGAGGCUUGCUGGGACCUGGCCCGUCGGGGUGAGGUCGGGGAGACGGCGCUGCACCUGUGCCUACUCAACAAUACCGAGACUCAUCUCACCAUCGCUCGGAUAAUGCUUGAGAUGUACCCGAAGAUGGCGCUGGACAUCUAUGAGGGCGACGACUACUUCGGUGAAAGCUGUCUCCACUUUGCCAUCAUCAACAACAACCUGGAGUGGGUGAAGCUUCUGGUCGGUCGCUACAAGGCUCGCCUGGACCAGCGGGCCACUGGUCGCUUCUUCCGGCCCACAGAUCUCAAGGAGGGCACCAGCUCGGCUUUCCGGCCCUCCAACUACGAGGGCAACGCCUACUACGGCGAGUAUCCGCUGGCCUUUGCGGCCAGCGUGGGCAACGUCGAGAUCUACGACUACCUGGUGGCCGAAGGGCUCAAGAACGAGGCCGGCCGGGGGACGGUCAACCCAGACGCCAAGGAUUCGUUCGGGAACACCGUGGUGCACAUGGUGAUCAUCCACAACCAGAAGCACAUGAUCAGUCACAUCAUCAACCAUACCGCCCUUCCCGCCCGCCACGACAUCUUCAACCAUGCCGGUCUGACACCACUGGAGCUGUCCUACCGCCUGGGUCGCGGGGAGCUGUUCGCCCACCUACUGGACUUGUCCAGUGAGACCCAGUGGACGCACGGCACGGUGGCCAGUGUUGCCUACCCACUGACCGGACUGGACUCCAUCGGCCCUGGCGGAGAGCUGAAUGAGAGGUCUGCCUUGAGAAUGAUCGUGCAGGGAAGUAAGCUUCAGCAUUUGAAGAUGCUGGAAGGACACAUCAUCCAAAAACUACUGGAAGAGAAGUGGAACCGAUACGCCAAGAAAAUCUUGUUGGUGCGCUUCGCCUGGACGAUUUUCCACCUGUCGCUCAUUUCGGCGGCGGUGUAUUUUCGACCGAGUGGUGAUCUGAUGACGGUCACAGACGCAACUAGCUAUGUUCGGUUUACAGCGGAGGUGCUGGUACUUGUCAGCUGCGCUGUCAAGUUCUUCAUUGGUUUCUACGAACUGAGAACUCAGCACGGGACUGUCAUCAAAAGUUUUAUAGAGCUUCCAGAGAAGUGUCUAUCCCUGGUGUCUGUAUGCCUUCUGUACGCCUGCGUACCGUUGCGCCUGCUGCGACAGCGUCAGGCCGAGGACGCCCUCUUCAUAAUGGCCGUCGUGCUGUCGUGGUGCUAUCUGCUGCUUUUCUACAGAGCUCACAAGAAGCUGGGUCCACUGGUCGUCAUGAUCGGCAAGAUGUGUACCGGUGAUCUGCUGCGAUUUGUCAUCAUCUACUGCAUUUUCAUCUACAUGUUUGCAGGAGUUUUCUACUACGCGUACUUUGGUGUCUCGGAGCAAAGUGGCUACAUAGAUAUCAAGAGCACGCUGGUCACCAUGUUUCACAUGACCUUCUCCAAAUUUCAGACAGCAGAUCUUCGUUCAUCUCGGGCGCCGUGGCAGGUGGGAGCUGCUUUCGUCGUCUUCGCCCUGGUCCUUCCAGUCUUGCUGCUGAACAUGCUCAUUGCCAAAAUGGCGCGGACGUUUGAGAAGAUCAAGGACCGUUCGCGAAUGGAGUGGAAACGGCAGUGGGCGAUGAUCAUUUUAAACAUGGAGCGGUCCUUGACGCACGCCAGUCUGGACCGGUAUCAGAAAGCCUACUCCACCGAGGUGAGGAUGGGCCGCGCUCCGGCUGUGCGCGAGGUGUUGUCACAUCAGCCGCAUCGGACUUCGAUGUCAUGGAAGGAGCAUGUGAGAGACACAUCGAGACGGCACUUCGGUAGCUUCAAAUGGCAGAGGAGUCUCAGGGAAGAGUACUUGUCGGUUGAUAACGCAGAGAAGGGCGAAUCCGAGGGCUUGGCCUCCCUGGCUUCACAGGAGCAGGUGGAAGACGAGGUCGAGAAAGAUGGGAGACUUUGUCGAGCUCUGCUGGUCACCAAGACAUUGCCGAAGGGCAAGGCUAGAGUCACCAACGUCUGCGCUAGAUGGAGGGAGGCGGGGCAACAAGCGUUUGAAAGAAGAGAAGUCCUCAGUUGACCAAUCAGAUGAGACUACAGUAAAUUGACCAUGGCAACACGAGGGUUGUACACAAGUGAAUGUUAAUGUUUCAAACUACUUGAGAACUUCGGCUGGAUUGAUAUGAGGCUGAAGACUGUCACUGUGACUUCUUUUACUUUUUACCAAUACUUUCUUCAUAAAUGAUAAACAGUAUUGUCUCCGUUUCACGUGCCUGUCAUGUUAUUUUUAUCAUCAAGCAAGAGGUUGUAACUUCAGAAGUGAAAGUGACGAACAAAAAAUCAAACCCUCAAAAAAGCUCGAGUAUGAGAAGAAAAAUUCAUGAACAUUGAACUUGCAACCAAGGAAAGUGACGAAAUUCUUCUAAAACUGCGAUUUCAUCACAUCGGCGUUAUUGCUCCGGCAUUGAUUUUACUUUGAGUGCCACAGUUUUAUAGUAAAUUUUCAUCGGUGAGUUAUUUUGUUACUUGGUGACACAUAGGUUUAUCUUUAUUUUUACUAGGCAAGGGAUGUUCGUGUACAUAGCUGUGGACGUAUUGUGGCUUUUUAUUUAGCUAAUAAUAGUGAAUUAAGACGGACAAAAAGUGAGGGGGCUCUUUCGUUUCGCUGUGUCCACAGUUCUUAUAAAGAAAUAAAGACGUCAAAAUACAAAAAACCUUCCGAAAAAUCUGAAAGAAUGGGGCUCUACAGAAAGUUUAUGUCUCGUCGAGUCGAUACAUUCCAAUAAUAAAAUUAAUUAACUGGUGAAG